AUGCUUAAAACCGAGUCACAAGAACUUGUAGAGGAACCACAUAAAAUCGCGGAGCUGUUUGCCGAUCAGUUCGUUAAUAGCUAUGUAAGAGAACCAGAUGCACCAAUUCCCUCCAUAAACAUGCCAAUGGUAAUAAACUCAAUUGAUGACGUAAAAUUUACAGCCAAAAUCGUACUAAAGACCUUGUUAACAUCUAUAUUACUAAAGCGGUGCUCAUCAUUGCUUGCCGAACAUAUAUCAAGCAUUAUGAACAAAUCCAUGGAGGAUGGACGCUUAUCCGCUGGUUGGAAGAAAGCUACAGUCGUACCUAUUUAUAAAAACGGCGAUAAGAUGAGACCUAGUAAUUACAGACCAAUAAGUUUGACAAGUAUCCUCUGUAAAGCCAUGGAAAAGAUCAUAACUGAAAGAUUAAGAGAAUUCCUAUUACAAGAACAACUGAUUUUAGAUGAACAGCACGGGUUUGUACCAAAGCGAUCAAUCAUUACAAAUAUGUUACAAUGUGUUAAUGAAUGGGUCUCAAACCAUGACAAUGGAUUACCUACAGAUGUGAUAUAUCUUGACUAUUAA